AAGUGCAUCAGCUGUAAAGGAGAUGGUCAUACCAUCUCCCGUUCGCCAGAUUGUUCCAACCACACUCAAUCGAAGCAGGAAUUCAUCUCGGCUGUCCUAGGCAGUGACUCUACCAUGUUUACUAGGAAACUUCCUGUUAGCCGUGCCGCAUUACCCGAGUAUCGUGAAAAGUUUAUGGAAAAAGUCAUUUCGUGCUGCAAAGACCUUAGGGCUAUAAUGUUCCGUUGUCAGCUAUUUGUCAAUGCUUAUCUCGUCCAUAAUAAGAAGAAUGACUUCCCUUCAGGAGUCUUUACACAGCAAUUCUGGUAUUCGAUUGGACAACUGGUUACAGGCAAAAAGGUCGCUCAUAAGACAGCAAAGCUGCCAAGGGGACAAGUGUUUGCAUACACUAAUUCUAUUGUUAAACUCUUUGAGAAACGGAUGCUGAAAUACCUGAUCUACAAGCUUGAAAGUUUGUUCGUU